CCUACUAUCCCCCUAACACAGUUUUUGAGAACAUAAUGAAUCAAGGUUGUUGGAAAGUUGACGAAAAUGAUGAAGUUCGUCUGGCAAAAGAUAGACACCACAACUUUUCAAAAACACUGUACACCAAGCUUUAUUCGUCGAAAAAUACUGGUUCUAAAGGUUUGUGAACUUUAGUUUGAAAAUGUGGUCUCAAUCGAAAAGACAUAACCUCAAACCUGAACUAUGGGCGGAGAGGUAUGCUGAAAGAAAUACAGGCUCAAAAGCUAUAUACAUCGAUCUUGACGAUGAGGAAAGCGAUGAUGACGAAAACAAGGAAUAUUCCAUGUGGUCUGAACUGCCGGAUCUCCUUCUAGAAAAAAUAUUCGCUUACUUGGGUAUCAGGGAAAAAUAUUAUGCAAGUUUAGUAUGUAAAAGUUGGUACAGAGCCUUCCAUUUUCCUUAUGUUUGGAGUCGGUUCAUUUUAGAAGAUAAUACACUCACUAGAAGCAGGUUUAAUUACUACAGCGGAUGGCAGUACGUUUUGGAUCAUGUCAGGUGCCAAGCAUGCUUAGCGGGCUACGGAAAGCAUUUCAAACAUUUGACAAUAAGACCGAUGCUUAAUUUUUACAAUUUAUACGAAUUUAUGAACAUGAUUUCCUGGUAUGCAGAGCAAAGAGAACAAAAGGAAAAUGUGGAACUGGGUGUAGGUAGCAAUAUCAAGUUUUUUAAGUUUACUUUUCCUUGUAAUAUGACAGCUAGGGAUGAUACGGAGAGGAUUAGGUUAUUUGGAACUGGUGGUAAAUUACUCCAAGCCAUCAAACGAUUGAUGGGCAAUUUAAAAAAGCUGGAAAAUCUACAUUUAAUAGAUUUGAUGCUCGAUCCCAAAGAAGCUCAAUAUUUAUUAGACGAAGUUUGCGAGUCACAAUGUUUAACUCUAAAGACAUUAUUUUUGAUAAAUACGACAAAAGUUCAAUAUCAGUUACUUCACGUUGGUGUGUUUUUAAAUCUGAAGGAAUUACAUAUAAGCCCUCAAAACCUUGGAGAUGAUUUAGUAGAACUUCUUGGCCAUACCAAACUGAAACACUUACAUAUUGUUCAAAAUAGAUACACAUCAACCGAUAUUAAGAUUAUGCCUGUAUCUCCAGACAGUUGGAAAAAGUGCCGGAAAGAGAAUACAGGUCUUAGUGUACAUUUGCACCUAGAAAGUAUGAAAGAAAAACCCUUGAUUUGGCAACAGAGUGCUCCAGUUAGGUCGUUAAUUUACGAUUCUCCACAUAUUGGUAUACGUACAGAUACACUGAUUACCGCUAUAGACUUUUAUGGUAAAGAUUUAAGAAUUUAUGGCCACAAGAAUAUACCAAGGUUUCACAGAUCAAAAUCGUUUUCGGAAAGAAUGGAUCAAAAUUUAAUGAUGCUCAUUAGACAAUGCACAUAUCUUUCAACAUUGGUGGUGACAGAACGAAUCUCCACAACUACAGUCUUACUUCUCGCUUACUAUGGCAAAAAUCUCAAAUGGUUGUUUAUACGUGGCAACGCUGUGAUAAUCAAGACUGACUGGAAGCAGGGACCUGAUUGGACGGACGAGUUUUAUUCGUGGUUAAAAACAAACAGUCGAUCUUAUACUUUGGUGGAGAAGGAAGUUUCCCAAAUAUUAGGCUAUAAGUGGAAGUUUUUGACAGAUAAGGAAUUUAAAACGCUGGAAUUUAACGUCCAUGAUUACUGAGAAUUAAGCUGCUAAAAGUGAAAUUGUGCAAUUUAGUACCGAUCAAAGAACAAAAAACUUUGCGAUGAGAGGUAAACAAGUUUUCUUGUUAUAUACUUAUAAAGAAAGAGUUUGGUGUAAAUUGCGAAGAAUAUAUAAUAUCGUUUUAUCUUUUUUAACUUUUACUUCCAUCCAGUACAACGUUUCUAGUCACGGGAGAAGAAUAUUUAUUUUAUAUUUGCAGAUUGGUUUGAAUAAAUAUAGGAAAAACA